CUGGCCAAGGCGGGCAAGCGGGUGUUGGUGCUGGAGCAGCACGGGAAGCUGGGGGGCUGCUGCCACACCUUCACUGAGAAGGGCUUCGAGUUUGACACCGGUAUCCACUACGUGGGGCAGAUGGCGGAGAAUUCCAUCAUGCGCUUCGUGGUGGACCAGCUGACGGAGGGGCAGCUGGAGUGGGCUCGGCUGCCGGCUGUCUACGACGCCGUGGUCUUGGGGGAGCCCGGUCACGGCAGGACGUAUCGCAUCUAUUCAGGGAAGAAAGAAUAUUUCCAAGCCUUGAAGGAGCAGUUUCCUGGGGAAGGAGCUGCUAUUGAUGAGUUCGAGCAGCUGGUGAAGAGCACCAGCGGAGGGACGGUGUGGUUGAUCGUCUUGAAAAUGAUCCCGCGGGCUCUGGCCAUGCUGGUGGCUCGCUCGGGGCUGCUGUGGCUCAGCCCCUUCUGCCGCCUGGUGCCACGCAGCCUCAAGGAGGUGGUGGACGGUCUCACCACCAACCGCGAGCUCCGGGCCAUCUUCAGCUACCUCUUCCCCACCUACGGUGUGGUCCCCUCCAAGGCCAGUUUCUCCAUGCACAGCAUCCUCGUGAACCACUUCCUCUGUGGCGCGUGGUACCCUAAAGGUGGGUCCGGGGAAAUCGCCUUCCACACCAUUCCUGUUAUCCGGAAAACUGGAGGCAACGUGCUGGGAAAGGCGCCGGUGCAGAGGAUCCUGCUGGACCCCCAGGGCAAAGCCUGCGGCGUGAGUGUCAAGAAGGGCCAAGAUUUGGUGAACAUCUUCGCUCCCAUCAUCAUUUCGGAUGCCGGGAUCUUCAACACCUACGAACGGCUCCUGCCGGCGGAGGCGCGGGCGUUGCCUGAGAUCCAGUCUCAGCUUCGCAUGGUGGCACACGGUGAAGGGGGUUUCACCGUCUUCGUAGGUCUUAACGGCUCGCGGGAAGAGCUGGGGCUGGAGCCCACCAACUACUUCAUAUACGCAGGAGAUGACCUGGAUGAGAUAAUUAAUCGCUACCUGGCGUCUUCCAGAGAAGAAGCUGCCAAGAACAUCCCUCUCCUCUUUGUCACCUGCCCAUCAUCCAAGGACCCCACCUGGGAAAUGAGGCACCCAGGUAAAUCCACGCUGGCCAUCGUGACCUUUGCCAAAUACGAGUGGUUUGAGGAGUGGAAGGACAAACAGGUCAAUAAGCGGGGAGAUGAUUAUGAGGAGUUGAAGAAGACCUUUGUGGACACCAUCAUGCAGGCUGUCUUCAAGCUGUACCCCCGCGUUGAGGACAGGAUCGAGUACAUCUCCGGUGGGACACCCAUCACCAACCAGCACUACAUCGCUAGCCCCAAGGGGGAGAUGUACGGCAUAGACCACAACAUGCCCCGCCUGCAAGCUGAAGCUGUUGCCACCAUGAGGGCACAGACGCCCAUCCCCAACCUCUACCUGACAGGGCAGGAUUUGUGCCUGUGCGGCUUCAUGGGAGCCCUGCAAGGAGCCGUCAUCUGCGCCAGCACCGUCCUCAAGCGCAACCUCUACAUCGACGUGGCGUGGCUGAAAAAGCGCACGCAGGCCACCAACUGCAAGAAGGAGGACUAACCCCUGCCACCCCACCAGCCAGGACCUUCCCCCAGCACCUUAUUUUCUGCUGUAAAUCACCCGUAGCACAAAGCCAAAGGCCCAGGAGGACGUUGUUCCCAUUUCCAGCCAGCUUGUUUGGACCUUACCCACCUAGAGCUCACCUCUUCCACCACAACAUCCACCACUAGCGAGUAGACGCCAGCGCUGAUCCCUGGCCAGCCUUUGAAGGGCAAACCCCUUCUCCUGGUGUGGGGAAGAGGGUCUCCAAGAGCUGCCAUGCGCAGCAGCGGCCAGGAAAGAAGCCAAGGCAACCCCAAAAUCCAGGCUGCACCAGAAGGCAAAACCCAACAGCCUCUACAAGCAACACCGAUGAUCCCCACCCGUCUGAGAGCCACCUGCACCUCCCAGACACAGCAAAGGCAGCAAGCGCCCCAGGGAUCCUCCCCCCCCUCUCAGAUGGCAGCUUUGGCACAAAGUUGGACUCCUAAAGCUCCGCGCGGGACUCGGCAGCCCCGGGGGUUGCAGAGGCAGUGGCACCUCCCCGAGUCGGGGCUGUGCUUGUCCAGGCAGCGCCGGGCAUGGCACCAGCUGGAUGGGCACCAGCUGCCUUUGAGCACGGGGAAAUCACACCAGCCCAAGCCCAGGAGAGGAUUCUGCCAGGAAUAGAAGGAUUUAAGCCAGGUUUAAAGCUCUUUAAGAGCAACAGUGCUUGCUAGCUGUAUAGUGCUUUCAAAGCCAUGCCUUGUUGCAGCAGCGUAGCAGGAGCGUGACGCAGCCCCUCUGCCCCACGAUGCGGCCAACAUUUUGGUGCUGCUCUACCCCUCAUCGCCCA